CGUUGCUUAGUUGCUUGUGUUUUUCCAACAACAGAGAUUUCUGUUGACACACACCUCACAUUGUUCCCUUCAUGUUUGACACAGAUGAGACUGUUCCGGUACCAGAACCACGUCACAUCACAUAUUACCAACAGAAGCUUCAGUCAAACUUCCAGCACACAUUUCUGGUUACAACAGAGGGGUGGGCAACAGAUGAGGAGCGUCUGGUUGAUAUCUACACAGAGCUGUACAUCACAGCUGGCCGGGACAUGCACAUAAACACACAGCAUGAAGUCAUACAGAUUGACAAGGUGUGGAAGCCAUCAGACACAGAGACACAGAUCCAACCCAGAGACAUUUUCAAGCAUCCUUCUGGAAAAGACAUACCCAUCAGAACAGUGCUGACCAAUGGGAUUGCGGGGAUUGGAAAAACAUUUCUUGUGCACAAGUUUGUGUUGGACUGGGCUGAAGAAAAAAACAAUCAAGACGUGCAUCUUAUUUUCCCGUUCACUUUCCGUGCCCUGAAUUCACUGCAGGGAAAAGAGUUUGGUUUGGCAGAGCUCAUUCAUUUCUGUAUCCCAGAAACUAAAGACGUCACAGUGGAGGCUCUGAAUUACAUCUUUACAGCUCUGCAAUCAUCAGGAAACAGCAGCUACAGCAAGAGCAGAUUCAAACUGCUGUUUGUGUUUGAUGGACUGGAUGAGAGUCGCCUUCGUCUGGACUUUGAUGUCAACAACAUUCUCUCUGUGGACAUAACAAAGUCAACUAAAAUAGAAGUCCUGCUGAGGGAACUUAUCAGUGGAAAACUGUUGCGCUCAGCUCGCCUCUGGAUAACCACAAGACCUGCAGCAGCCUAUCAGAUCCCUGAAAACCUCGUCAACACUACAACAGAAGUCAGAGGGUUCACUGACCCACAGAAGGAGGAGUACUUCAGGAAGAGAUUCAAGGAGCAGACCAGCAGCAUCAUCUCCCACAUGAAGACAUCACAAAGCCUCCACAUCAUGUGCCACAUCCCAGUGUUCUGCUGGAUCACUGCUACAGUUCUGGAGGAGCUGCUGGAAACCAGAGAGGGAGGAGAUCUGCCCAGAACCCUGACUGAGAUGUAUACAGAGUUUCUAAGAUUUCAGAUUGAUCACACAAAAGAAAAGUACGGUCCAGAGAAGUGCAUUCAGUUUAUUAAGUCAUUAGCUAAACUGGCUUUUGAACAGCUGCAAAAGGGCAACCUGAUCUUCUAUGAGAAAGAUCUGAGAGAAAGUGGCAUCGAUGUGAGUGAAGCCUCAGUGUACUCAGGAGUGUUCACAGAGAUCUUCAAAGCAGAGCGAAGACGGAAACAGGAAGACAAAAUGUUCUGCUUUGUCCAUCUGAGUGUUCAGGAGUUUCUGGCUGCUCUCCAUGUCCAUCAGACCUUCAUCAACUCUGGAAUCAACCUGCUGGAAGAAGAACAAAGUUCUUUCAAGAAGCUGAAAGUAUUUCUAAAGAAACCUGAACUAAAAUAUCUCCACCGGAGAGCUGUGGACAAGGCCUUACAGAGUCCAAACGGACACCUGGACUUGUUUCUGCGCUUCCUCCUGGGUCUGUCACUGCCGACCAAUCAGAAUCUCCUACGAGGCUUGCUGACACAGACCAGAAGUAGCUCACAGACCAAUCAGAAAACAGUGGAGUACAUCAAGGAGAAGAUCAGUGAGGUUAUGUCUGCAGAGAGAAGCAUCAAUCUGUUCCACUGUCUGAAUGAACUGAAGGAUGUUUCUCUAGUGGAGAAGGUCCAACAGUCCCUGAGAUCAGGACGUCUGUCCACAGAUAAACUAUCUCCUACUCAGUGGUCAGCUCUGGUCUUCAUCUUACUGUCAUCAGGAGAACAUCUGGAUGUGUUUGACCUGAAGAAAUACUCUGCUUCAGAGGAGGCUCUUCUGAGGCUGCUGCCAGUGGUCAAAGCCUCCAAGAAAGUUCUACUGAGUGGCUGUAAUCUGUCAGAGAGAAGCUGUGGAGCUCUGUCCUCAGUCCUCAGCUCCCAGUCCUCCAGUGUGACAGAGCUGCACCUGAGUAACAACAACCUGCAGGAUUCAGGAGUGGAGAGUCUUUCUGCUGGACUGGAGAGUCCACACUGUAAACUGGAAGCUCUCAGACUUAAUAACUGUAAUCUGUCAGAGAGAAGCUGUGGAGCUCUGUCCUCAGUCCUCAGCUCCCAGUCCUCCAGUGUGACAGAGGUGGACCUGAGUAACAACAACCUGCAGGAUUCAGGAGUGGAGAGUCUUUCUGCUGGACUGGAGAGUCCACACUGUAAACUGGAAGCUCUCAGGCUGUCAGGCUGUCUGGUCACAGAGGAAGGCUGUGCUUCUCUGGCCUCAGCUCUGAGCUUGAAGACCUCAAAUCUGAGAGAGCUGGACCUGAGCUACAACCAUCCAGGAGACUCAGGAGAGAAGAUGCUGAGAGCUAAAGUGGAGGAUCCACACUGCAGACUGGAAACUUUCAGGGUGACGCCUGCUGGAGUCCGAUGGUUGACACCAGGUCUGAGGAAGUAUUCCUGUCAACUCACAGUCGACACAAACACAGUACACAGAGAACUCAAACUGUCUGACAACAACAGGAAGGUGACAUUAUCAGUGAGCGAGUAA